AUUCACAUGCAUAUCUUUGUCUUGGCUCCUGGGAUUUUUAAUUUUUGCCUGAAAUUCAACUUUGUCGUUUCCCUCGAUCAGCCACACCCACUUAAUUGCUUAAAUACCUAUUCGCUUUUCCGAGUAAAACCCAGAAGCUUUUGAAGCUGCCUACUGGUUUCUAAAUGUCAAGCAGUAAUGACGACCAUAACCAAUCAGAACGGUGCUUCCUGGAUUGGAUGAAACUCCAAGAAGUAGAUUUAGGAGAGCUUCGUCAAGCUCUCACUUUAAAGGAAAAAAAUGAGAGUUUACUCGUCCAAAUCGUAGAGAAAGUCUUCCAACAUUUUCAAGACUACGUAGACAAGCGAGCCCAACUUGCUCACAAUUAUGUCUCUCUCUACUUUGCUCCCAGCUGGAACUCUUCCUUGGAGAAUUCCAUGCUCUGGUUGGCUGGUUGCAGGCCCUCCAGUUUUAUCAGACUCUUAUAUGCACUCUGCGGCUCAGAGGUGAAUUCCCAUCUAACAGAAUACAUCGAGGGUAGAAAAAGAGGGGACCUCGGUGACCUUUCUUCCAACCAGCUUAAUAUGGUGAAUAAUUUGCAAUCCAAAACUGUGAAGCAGGAAGAGAAAUUGACAUCCAAGUUGGCGAGUUUGCAAGAGGAUCUAGCUGAUGAGCCCAUAUCUAUUAUCGCCCAGAGGACUCAGACCCAGAUCACCGGCGAGCUGAAUGAGGAGGUGGAGCGGGCGCUUAAAGAUCAAGAUGAGGGGAUGAUGCGUGUUAUGAAGGAAGCUGAUAAUUUGAGGCUAAACACGCUUAAGGAGUUGCUAUUUGGGAUUUUAACUCCGGUUCAGGCGGUGGAGUAUCUAGCUGCAUCCAAAAAGCUUCAUCUGUGCAUGCACGAAUGGGGUAAAACAAGAGAUCAGAUGCAUGGUGGAAGAUCUAAUUAUUAGGUUUUAUAUUAUAUUAUAUAUAAAAAUAUAUAUAUACAUAGAAGGUGUGGCUUGUAUAAUUUCGUUUAAGCGUGUUUAAU